AUGGUGACCCUGCCACCACCGCGAAGAGUUUUGGUUAAUCUUGACAAUAUCGAGUUCUACCGGCCCCAGCUCUCAAAAUCAUUGCGGUCGGAACCGUCUUCUGCAACAGCAACUGGCCCCUACUUCAGGCCAGUUCUACCGCUUCCUGUAACCUUAUCCGCUCCGACUUUGCGAGAAAUCACACUUGGAAGCAAUAGAGCACCAUCUCCUACCACUCCACACGAACAAAAUUCUGAAACUGCUCCUGCGCGGCCGAUUGUGUUCAAUAUCAAGAUAGCCAAGUUCGCGAAGCCGACGUCGCCAGAGAUGAGCUCUCAGACGCACAGCGCCUUUGCACAGGAGGGAACCGGUGGUAGCUGUUUAAUUCCUGAUACUGUCACUCCCUUUAUGACUCCCUUCACCUCGGGCGAGGAAACCGAUCUAGCAAGCCCCUUCGAAGGUACAGUGAUACGGCCAAGCAUUGAACUCUCUACGGAGCCCAAGAGUCUCGUGUCUAGUCCAAUCACUCCUGUUUCAAACGAGCAGCCGUACGCCCUGCUCACAGUGAUAUUAACAACCAGCCCCAUCCUUGACGCUUUCAAAAAUGUUAUCUCCGAUGAUGCUCAUGUCUCCAUGAAGCCCUCAGAACUUGGCAGACAGGCUUCCAUCUCACAGGACGACCUCAGCAUCGACGACCAAGUCCAUUAG